AUGAAAUUAGAUUUCGUUCACUACCAUGAGAACGCGGUUAUACCGCAAAAUAUUUUGGUAUCCUUACCUUUGAAAUUAGAGGACGACGAUUUGUUAUUGACUUCCAACACUGCGGCGGCUUGGAAGAACGCAUCAAAAGAGGUACGAGAGGAAUGUCAAAAAUUAGCUCUCAUAGCUAAGAUGAAGCACGAGGAAGUUUAUGGAUCACCUCCUCGACAAACACGAAGAAGACUGAAGACGUCUGCCCAUAAUACGAAUUUAAAUGCAUUAUUUUAUUUUGAUGAUUUGAUGCAAAAUAUUCCGUAUUAUAUGACAUUCCCACCAUCAGAAAGUGAACUUGGAGAACCACAAAUUUAA